AUGCAGCCUGCCUUAUUACUCCUCCUGUCUUUGGCUGCUCUCAGCAAUGCCAUCGCUGUACCCGGAAGUGACGGUACCUGCGCCAGAAAAGUAGACGCCCGAUACGCCUGCAUGACCGAUUCUGACUGCGUCAUGGUCAAGCACGGCAACUGCUGUGGCGCCACGGAUGUCUGCGCCCUUGCCCAUGCCAAAUUCACCAAGGACGAAAUAUGCCCCGCCGGAAGCGGUGGGGUGGGCGUGUGUGGCUUUGAAAGUAUUGAUGGCUGUGCGUGUCGCGAUGGUGCUUGCUAUGGGUUGCGGGGCGGGAAGGUGACUUCGUCGCCAAAGGAGUGGGGGGUGUGA